CAUUCCUGACAGUAGGCGGUUUGGACGCGGCCAGGCUGCUGUCAUCAGGGAGGAAGUUUUUGUGCGCUACAAGUUAGUCAGUUGGAGGAUUUACCUGCAGAGGAAAUACAUUACUUUGCCUGCUUUUGUGAAAGAACCAGUCGAUGUGAAAAUGAGACAGUUGCAUGAACACUCUUCAGUUCAUUAGAGGAACUGGCAACAGGGAAGAGGAUUAGUGGCGGUUCUCUCUCUCUCACACUCACUCACUCACUCACACACACUAUCACAAAUCCGUAUCACAAGAGAAGUUGUGUCUCAAUGGAAGCUGAAACAUUAGUGAUCCUGUGACGCCUCUAAACCCUGCAGAAGGAGAGAAGAUGGAGAACAAUGGCUUUUGUAACGACAAAUACGGCAAUGAAAGCAGUGAUGAUGACCUGGUUGACGUCAGUGCCAGUGCUCAGGAUCUCCUGGAAGAUCUGCCUUACGAUGAGCAGUACUAUGGUCAAGGCUACAGUACAGGAGGCCGAGGACAGAAUGGCACUGCUAAGCUGCUGGAUCUUUUAGACGACGGGUUGCACGGGUUGGGAACGUACGAUGAUUUCAACACCAUCGACUGGGUGAGGGAGAAAUCCAAGGACCGAGACCGUCACAGAGAGAUCAGCAAGAAGAAGAGGCAGUCUGUACUGGAUCUUCUCUUGAGUGUGAGUGAUGCUUUCUCAGGCUGGCUCCUCAUGCUCCUCAUCGGCCUCAUGUCUGGAGCAUUAGCUGGAGGCAUAGACAUCGCAACUCACUGGCUAACAGACCUGAAAGAGGGUAUAUGUAUGAACGGCUUCUGGUUCAACCACGAGCACUGCUGUUGGGACUCCAAAGAGACCACCUUCCAGGAGAGAGAAAAAUGUCCAAACUGGAAGAGCUGGGCCGAGCUCACGGUGGGAGUCAAUGAGGGGGCGAGUGCCUAUGUGGUGAACUAUCUGAUGUAUGUGAGCUGGGCUCUGCUCUUCUCCUACCUGGCUGUGGUCAUCGUCAGAGCCUUCGCCCCAUACGCCUGUGGCUCAGGAAUCCCUGAGAUAAAGACUAUCCUAAGUGGGUUUAUAAUCCGGGGCUACUUAGGAAAGUGGACUCUAGUGAUAAAAACGAUCACUCUGGUGCUGGCCGUGUCUUCAGGGCUCAGUCUGGGGAAAGAGGGCCCACUGGUGCAUGUGGCCUGCUGCUGUGGAAACAUCCUCUGCCAUCUUUUCACCAAGUACCGCAAGAACGAGGCCAAGAGGAGGGAGGUCUUGUCAGCAGCCUCCGCUGUGGGCGUGUCUGUAGCAUUUGGAGCUCCUAUAGGAGGCGUGCUCUUCAGUCUGGAAGAGGUCAGCUACUACUUCCCCUUAAAGACAAUGUGGCGUUCAUUCUUCGCCGCUCUGGUGGCCGCCUUCACCCUACGCUCAAUCAAUCCCUUUGGCAACAGCCAACUCGUCCUCUUCUACGUGGAGUUCCACAACCCAUGGCACUUUCUGGAGCUCUUCCCUUUUGUUUUGCUUGGUAUUUUCGGCGGCCUUUGGGGGGCAUUUUUCAUCCGUGCCAACAUGGCCUGGUGUAGAUGGAGAAAGAACACGCGUCUGGGUCAAUACCCUGUGUUGGAAGUGGUGCUGGUGGCACUGGCUACAGCGCUGUUGGCCUUUCCAAAUGACUACACACGCAUGAGUGGCAGUCAACUCAUCUCCGAGCUGUUCAAUGACUGCAGUCUGCUUGACUCCUCCCAGCUGUGUGACUACACCACCCAAGUGCAGGGUGGAGCAAUGAAUGGUAACUUAAGUCACGGUGCUAACUUCAGCAACGGCCUGUCUGAGCGGGCAGCUGGGCCUGGAGUGUACACGGCCAUCUGGCAGCUGGCGCUAGCAAUUCUCUUUAAGACGCUGACCACUGUGGUUACGUUUGGCAUGAAGGUGCCUUCUGGUCUAUUUAUUCCCAGCAUGGCGGUAGGGGCAAUAGCAGGCAGACUGCUGGGCAUCGGCAUGGAGCAGCUGGCAUUCUACCACCACGACUGGUCCAUCUUUAGCGGCUGUUGCAUUACGCCAGGCCUUUACGCCAUGCUCGGGGCUGCAGCAUGUCUGGGUGGUGUAACUCGGAUGACGGUGUCUCUGGUGGUCAUCAUGUUUGAGCUGACCGGAGGACUAGAGUAUAUCGUGCCCCUCAUGGCAGCUACUAUGACCAGUAAGUGGGUGGCGGAUGCGCUAGGCCGAGAGGGCAUCUACGAGGCGCACAUCCGGCUGAACGGCUACCCUUUCCUCGAGCCCAAGGAGGAGUUUGAGCACAAGACCCUGGCCAUGGAUGUAAUGCGUCCACGGCAGUCUGAUCCUCCACUUUCUGUCCUCACGCAAAGCGGCAUGAGCGUGGACCAGGUGGAGGCCAUAAUAGCUGAUACGUCAUACAGCGGUUUCCCCAUAGUCGUGUCCCAGGAGAGUCCAAGGCUGGUGGGCUUUGUGCUGCGGCGGGACCUGGUAAUAUCAAUAGAUAACGCACGGCGCUGCCAGGAGGGCAUCGUGGGAGCAUCGCAGGUCCUCUUCACCGAACAGACUUCGAAUCCUGUUGGCCCUCCUCCACUCAGUCUGCGCAGCAUCAUAGACCUCAGUCCACUAGCCAUCACUGACCACACACCCAUUGACAUCACAGUGGACAUCUUCCGCAAGCUCGGAUUACGCCAGUGCCUUGUCACACAGAACGGGCGUUUGUUGGGGAUUAUCACUAAGAAGGACAUUUUGAAGCACAUGGCCCAGAUGACAAACAGAGACCCCGAGUCCAUUCUUUUCAACUGAGAACCUGUUCCACCCCACUCAGCAGGAGAGACAUUAAAUCCCAUUCCAUCACAUGGACACACUUCCCAGACUGGAUCAUCCCAAUUACUUGGUGGAAAGUGUGUGUGUGUGUGUGUGUGUGUGUGUGUGUGUGUGUGUGUGUGUGUGUGUGUGUGUGUGUGUGUGUGUGUGUGUGUGUGUAGCAGAAUGUUUUGUGUGAAUGUCCUGCGGCUUUGGCGUAGAUGGAGAAGCGGAGUUGGGCGACAUGCCUAGACGGGAAGUCCUGUCUUCCAGGGGAUCUGACUUUACAGCUUACCCUGAAGCUGUCACACACUCCACUGCUGCCUACUGCACACACACACAAGCGCACCACUGAUCCACAUCUUCCUUGGAAGACUGUCACAAAGACAUUCCUGUGAACACUGACUUUGAACUUUGCCUUUUUUUUAAUCCUGCAUAUGUCAUUCCUGGAUUCUCUUUGAGGGAAGCCAUGGCAGGUGAAGGGCAUUUUUGGAACGUCAUGCAUUUGGCUCUCUCUCUCACUCUCACUCUCUCUGUCUCUCUCUCACUCUAGCUGACAUGCCUGAACUUGCCCAGGUCAGACAAUCACUGUGGGAAGUAGAUGGGAGAUGAGACGAGAGUGUAUCAUGUUAAAAAGUCACACACUCUGUCUUCCUCAAACUCAGCCACCCUGUCAGACACUCAUGCAGAUAAAAGCCAGAGACAGUGUUGUGUUCGAGCUUGGUAGAAUCGAAGUGUUAAUUUAAAGUGUCAGUGUCUGAAUGUUAGUGAUUGAAUGUAACUUGAAAUUGAGCAGCCAUUCUGUUCUGUAUGCUGAAGGGAAUUAUUUAAGCCACUGUGGUCAACUUUAUAUGUUUACAUCAUUCAGAAAGAUCUUUUGAGGAGAUACUCUGCGAGGAUCUCUUAGCAUCUGCCAUUUAGCUCGGAUUAUUUUACAAAGUUGGUCAGUUUGUGUAAAGUGUGUUAACAGUCGGUAUGUCCUGCAAUAUCCUUUAGAUCAUGUUGGGAUUUCUACCAUUUUGUAGCAAAGUAUACUAGAGAACAUUUCUUGCACUGUGUAAAUAUGAGCAGCCACAGAAUAUCCAUAGUAUGUUUCUUGUGUUUUAUGGACAUGGGGGUUCACCAGUGGACCUGUGUUGUCUUUCCCAGCCCAGGCCAGUAGAGGUCACUAUCUCUCUCACGAUCUCACACAGCUGCACUGUGACUAUUCUGAUCCUUUUUGGCGAGCUUUCCUUCUCUUCUCAUGACUGCUCACGUGCCCUAGUGUUAGCGAGUUACAUGUCUCCAUCUCACUCCAGAGAACUGAAGUUGAAGGGAGUCGAAGUUUGUCCCUUCUGCAUUGCUUAUCUUCCUGUGCUGCCCUCUGAGCGUGAUCGUCUCAUCUUGGGUGUAUCCUCCAUACUCUGUUUAUCUUGUUUGCAUUCAUUAUGACCCUGGACAACCUCGGUUGAGCAUCAUGUCUUUCCAUUCCCUCCUUUUGUUUUAGUGGUUGUGACAAUCCAAUAAUGACCUAAGAAGAGGCUCCUCCCAAAGGAAGCGUAGGCGGAGUGCGGCCUCUAUUUACUCUACUCCCCGUCCUCGGCACGCUCACGCCACAUCCAUUGUACUCGCAUGUUUAUCUACCUUAACAUGAUGUUAAAAGCAUGUUAGUCCUUUCAAAUACAUCCCGCGGCCACUUCUUCUCUCUCUUUCUUUCCCUAAUAUUCCCGCGAGCAGGAGCGAGGGCGCGGAGGUCGGAGGAGGCUAUUGUUCCCACUCAUGCUCGUCUGGGCUAGUGGUCGCCAGGAUGUUCACCGACGGCAUUUCCAUGCUGCCCGGCCCUCUUCCACUCUUAGAGAGCCAAUUUCCGUACAACAACAGCCAAUUCUGCAUUAUUGUAAUAUAAUAGAGGCGUGGAACGAAACAAUCUCUGCCUCCGCUGAUUGAAAGUAAAUGUUUGUGUGCGCGCUUGCAAGGUGCGCGGGAAUGAGAGAUUAAUCCUUUCUUUUCUGACCCCCUGAGAAAACAAGGCGAGUGUUGCUGGGAGAGGCUAGAGAGGAGGUUAAUUAAACAGCGUGGCCGGGUCACAUUCACAAAGGUCCCUUUUUGUGGCAUCAGGGUUAUGAGAGAGAGAGAGAGAUUUGGCUUGUUGGCUUGCUCAUUGCUGCUGGGUUACCGAGUGUCCAAGCUCUCUGUUGUAAUCCAACCCUUGAUUGGCUUUAAGGGCUCGGUCCAGGGCUGAAUGAAAUGUCAUCUAGAGCAGGACAUACCACAGACCCCCCCCAAUCCCCAACCCUCCGCCUGCCUUCUCUCCUCCUCCCCGUUCUUAUCUGUACCAAGCUGCACACCACCCUGUGGAAGAAUGUUCGACUUGGUGCUUUAUCCAGCUGUGGUUAUUAACCACCUGCCAAAAAAGCGCUUUUGUAUAACAAAUGUGCCAUUCAAACUCAGGAAAACAAACAAAGAAGGAAAAAAAAAGGCUUGUUUUCAAGGCGCUUGUUUGAAAAGACGCCUGUUCUUGCUCUGAGAGCAGCAGUGACAGGUGGAGACAUGGCAAACAAAUUGUCGUUGCAAAUACAAGACCAAAUGCUUGUGUGUUGCGUCUGAAGCGCUGAAGAUGCAGAUUCUGGAGCGAGCAGUAUACAGAGACUCCACCCUGCAGAUGGAUACACCUCUCAGAGUUACUGGACCAUCAGUAGGUUUGUUUUCUCCAUGCACACGGCCGAACUCAGACCUGCUUCCCAUCCGAGCACUAAUACCGUUUCAGUUUAAAGGUGAACGAGAACACUGAGUCCCCACAGUGUUCACAGUAGUAUUAUUCUGGGAAAUCGGUCCACAAAGAACCUGAAGGUCAAUGUAAUGCAUUCUUUAGGACCUUUACACAAAAUGGAUUUCUAACUUUAUUUAUUUUGUAAAAUGCUGACUGCACUGUGGAAUUUGUAAUCAAAAGAGUAAAUGUGAAGCGUUUCGA